GAAAACAACCUAGUAAACACUUUUCUCCAGAUCUGCUUUACUAUUUACUGUCAUUUUGAGAGUUAAGGUAACGUCCUGCAGCAGCGUCUGACUUCCACCCAGCAUGGACGAAGACACUUUAAAGCUGCUGGUGAAGCUCACUCAGGAGGGACAGUUAAACUCUCUGGAGAAAAGGAUAACGUCAGGCGGCUUGGCGGCGGCUCAGACUGUCAGCAGUAAACACUAUGGUCGCUCCGGGGACACCCUGCUGCACUACGCUGCCAGGAACGGACACCUGGACAUCGUGGAAUAUCUAAUAACGCGGGUGGGCAUGGAUGUGGAUGUGUACAACAACGACUACAAGAGGCCGCUGCACGAAGCUGCAUCCAUGAGCCACCAGGCGUGUGUUAGCUACCUGCUUCGGGCAGGAGCUCAGGUGGACAGUCUAAAGAAAGCUGACUGGACUCCCCUGAUGAUGGCCUGCACCCGAAGAAACCUCGACGUGAUCCAGGAGCUGCUGUGCCAUGGCGCUGACCCUGCACUGAAAAACAAGGACGGCUGGAACUCCUUCCACAUCGCCUGCAGGGAGGGCGAUCCUCGGGUCGUACAGCACCUUCUUCUUGCCACGCCGGAUGUCUGGAGGACAGAGAGCAAGACGCGCAGGACACCACUACACACUGCAGCGAUGCACGGCUGUGAGGAGGUUGUUGGGAUCUUGCUGGAGAGAUGUGGCUACACCCCAGACAGCACUGACAGCUGUGGAGUCACUCCUUUCAUGGAUGCUGUUAGGAACGGACACAUUUCGGUGGCCAGGCUGCUCUUAGAAAAGCAUCAGGCAUCUCCAACAGCAGCUGACAUUAUUGGGGCCCAGCCAGUGCACCAGGUCGCUGUCACCGGCCAGGAGGAGGCGCUGCGGUUCCUGGUGCGGGACCUCAAUGUAGAUGUGAAUCAGAGGGCAACUAAUGUCCAGCUCACUGCCCUGCAUUAUGCUGCAAAGGAGGGCCACACAUCUGCUAUAAAAACACUACUAGAGUUGGGGGCAGAUCUCCAUGCUCGAGACAAAAAGGGAAGAACUGCUCUUCAUAUGGCCUGCAUCGGGCAGCAAGCUGAUGCAGCAAGGACACUCCUGCAGCUCGGACUCAAAGACUCAGAAGACACAUCUGGCAUAACAGCACGGCAGCAUGCCAAGAAACCAGACGUAGUGCGAGCAUUCGAAUGUGGCUUACUGAAACCAACAUAAACAUUACCAUAGUGAUACAGAACACAGAUUUGUCUGUAGCAUUAAUUUAAGUAAAGGAAGGAACCUAAAACAUUUAAUGUGGUUAAAGCCACUCAGUUAAGGGUUUGAAGAUUGCAAUAAAUCUACUUCACUGUG